UAAAGGACUCAAAAUCAAAAUUAAAACACCAUGCAGUAAAUCAAAGCCCAAAACGGAUGGAGCGAAUUACAAAUGACAAAUGCUGUUGAUGCAGUUAAAGUUCAUGGCAUGAGCAUCAGAAAGGCCAGUAAUAUGUACGAUGUCCCAAGAAGUUCAUUAAUGGACAGAGUUUCUGGUAGAGUCGAUGAAAGCUGUUCCCCAGGCAGGCCAACAACUGCUGAUUAUGACUUGGAGAGGAAACUUGUUGACUAUGCUUGCAAUUUAGCGGAAAUGGGAGUGGGGAUAAGCAUCAAGGUUUUUCUGGAACAUGCUGGCUCCUUGAUGAAGAAGCAUGGACUCAAUGUUUCUCGCUUUAAAAAUGGGAUUCCCGGUGAGAAGUGGUGGAGAUGUUUCAAGAAAAGACAUCCCGAUUUACGACUCCGUGCCCCUGAACCAACUGCAGCAGUCAGGCAUAGGGCAAUGAACAAAACAAACGUAGAUGGUUAUUUUGCUAAAUUAGAGGAAGUUCUUGAGAGAAAUGGUUUGCAAAAUAAACCUCAUCAAAUUUGGAAUCAGGAUGAAAGUGGGAUUUCCCUAGAUCACAAACCUGGUAGAGUCCUUGCCAGAAAGGGUAUCCGGAAUCUUCAGGCUAGGACAAGUGGCAAUAAAGAACAGAUUACCAUUCUGGCAUGUGGUAAUGCUGCUGGAGAGAUGAUGCCACCUCACUUCAUCGUGAAGGGUAAGACUUCAAAGACACUCCUGUCCAUGGAUACUGACAAAGCACCACCUGGUUCAAAAUUCAGCUGUUCAGAUUCAGGCUGGACCAAACAAGGCAUUGGUGAGCUAUGGUUCAAAACGCAUUUUCUACCGCAUAUUGGCCCUGAACAACCCCAGCUCCUCAUCAUGGACCAGCAUGACAGCCAUGGUACUUUGGAAAUUAUUGAGUGUGCCAGACAAGAAAAUAUCAUCAUCUUGCUUCUUCCUCCUCACACGACUCACUGGCUGCAACCCAUGGAUAGGAGUAUCUUUGGACCUUUCAAAAAAGCCUGGAACUCCAUCUGUCAGGACUUCAUGAAUGAAAACCCUGGAGUAAUAGUUUCCAAAGUAAAUUUCUGUCAGCUGUUUUCUAAAGCCUGGCAAAAGUCUAUCACAGAGAAGAAUGUCUCGAGUGGGUUUGAAAAGUGUGGUAUAUUUCCUUGCGAUAGAAAAAAAAUACCCGAUCGGCUUUUGCCCCAUCACUGGUGUCCAGUAGGCAAGAUCCAACUUUAUCUCCAUCUACCAGCGCAGACCACAUUCAGGGCAGCUCGCAACAAAUUCAGCCAAUGAGUGCAGUGGCAGCAGUGUCAAGUGUCCCAUCACCAGAUAUCGAAGAUUCUACGACUCCAGAAGUGUUACAGGAAGCCACCUUACCAAACACUAUUGAGAGUAUUGACAACCUGGAGACUGGAGUGGAGGUUACUCAAGUCUGUCCAGCUACCGAGGCACUGAAGGUUCUGGAAAAUACCCUCUCCAGCAGCCAAAAAGCCAUGUUUCAGUCCAAAUUUUUGUCGAAUGAAACUAUCAAAAACUCAGCUUUAUUUGA